UUAUCUUUAUGUGUUUACUGUCCCUCAUCAGGACACAACAUCUGCAGCAGGAAGGUUCCCAGCUCAUAAAACACCCUGUGUGUGUGUGUGUGUGUGUGUGUGUGUGUGUGUGUGUGUGUGUGUGUGUGUGUGUGUGUGUGUGUGUGUGUGUGUGUGUGUCCUCAGACUGUGGGAAAGCUGAUGCAGCCUGGGCCUCAUGUCUUUGUCAUGUUAAUGUGAGUGUAUAAAUAGAGGAGGGGGCUCCUGGCUCUCCUCACAGCUCACUCUGCUCUCCACUGAAGCUCUUCUCUGCUCCUCCAUGGCUCCCUGCUCCUCCACAGACUCCCAGCUCUCCCUGCGCUCCACCAAAGACAGACACAAAAUGAGGAAACCACUGGUGGAGAAGAUGCGCAGAGAUCGCAUCAACACCUGCAUCGAGCAGCUCAAGGUGCUGCUGGAGAAAGAGUUCACCAAACAAGACCCCAACGCCAAGCUGGAGAAGGCCGACGUGCUGGAGAUGACGGUGGUGUUCCUGAAGCAGCAGCUGCAGCCUCAGAGCCCUCAGAGCCACGGCUACUCCCGCUGCUGGAAGGAGACGCUGCACUUCCUGUCCUCAGACUCCCUGAAGGAGGUGACGCUGCCACACCUCCACCUUCUCCGCAGAGGAGGCCAGGACCCCAACCACGUGCCCUCCUCCUCUUCCUCCUCCUCUUUCGUUCAUGGACACAUCCAGGCUGUAGAGAAGCAGCUGUGCGGCCCCCACAGAGCCGUGUGGAGGCCGUGGUAGAAGCUGAGGAUGAUGAAGGAUCUUCACCUUUAUCAUCAGACUUUGGGACUCCUGUCAUUUAUUUGAUGAACAGGGCCUUUAUUUUGAAAAGACACAGGAAGUGUUACUUCAUAUUGAAGCUGCUCAGGUUGUGCUCUGUUGAUGCUCGCUGUAAAGUUUGAGGACAGGUUCAUGUUCUCUGACUGAUGAUCACCCAUGAUGUCUGCUGCCUUUUGUAAAGGUGUGUGUGUCUGUGUAUGUCUAUGUCUGUGUGUGUGUCUGUGUGCGUGUGUUUGUAUGUGUGAGUGCGCUCUGUAUAUCACAGUUUAUUCUGUGUUGAAAACAAAAACUCUUUUCUUGUGAAAAGAAAAUCUCGUAAUCUCUGAGGAGAAAUCUAAAAAUAAACUUUUUGACACAAAUGA